AUGACCGUUUAUUAUUUAAUCAUUUUGUGCUUUAUCCCAAAUGUCCUUAGCCAAAAUAGUUUCACGCUUGUGCUGGACACCACACAAUCCAUGUCCGAUGAAAUGUAUAUUAUAAAAUCUAAUAUAAAUACAGUGCUGAAUGGUGCAAAGUUUAGCGAAAUCAUUCUACUACAAUUUAAUGAACCGGAUGUGGGCCCGCCAUUGAUUUUUACAAACAAUGAGGACUUCUUAGACCACUUGGAUUUAGUUGAAGUUGGUGGUGGACAGGGGUGUCCGGAAAAGUCAUUGUCGGCCAUUCAAAUGGCUUUGGAGAGAAGCCAGCCGUCUUCUUACAUAUACCUGUUCACCGAUGCAAACGCACAGUUACAGGAGCGACGGAAGCUUGAAGCUAUUGCCAAACUCUGUCGGGAUAAAAAAAGCAAAGUUUUUGUAUUACAAAGUGGGAGUUGUCAGGCUGAAGAAUCAAACGACAUUUACUACGAUGUGGCUAAAGUUUGUUCUGGUUCAGUUUAUCACUUCGAGCUCGCUACAUUACGAAAGGCUUUUCCGUUCAUCAAAGAAACAAUGAGUUUUCAAUGGACUACUCUUAAUGUACGCGAAGUUUUAUCGAACUACGUUUACGGCGUUAAGCAAUAUACGUUUUCAAUCGACGCGUACACUUCUACCGUUUUGAUCGGAAUUUCCGGGGAGAAUCCCGAGGCUCAUAUUAUCAACAGCUUGGGAGAAGUUCCAUCUCACGAGUAUAUACUGCACACCAAACAUGCUCUGGUAUUUCGGAUACAUGAACCGACAAUGGGAGAUUACCUUCUGGAUGUCAACUGCCAGGGCCCAUCGUUUCUAUCGGUAUUAACUCAAAGACAGCUGAAAUUCAAAUACGGCUUUUCUCCAAAGCUACCUAGAAGCUUAAAGGAAACCUCGGACCGACCCUUACCUGGAACGUCUAGUAAUAUUCUAAUAGAGUUGCCGGAAACACAAUUAGAAUUGACAUCAGUUCAAGUAAUAAAGUUUAAAACAGAGGAAACAACUAUUCUAGCGGUUGAAAAAAUGAAAGGAACGGAGGGGAUCUUUAAAACUCAUCACUUAUUUGAGCCGGGCAAAUCGUUCAAAUUAAUGAUCACUGCGAGAGAUAAAGUGAGCUACGAAAUGAUUUAUGGCACUUCAAAAGUUAUAGAAACCCAACACCAAGGAAUGGUUACGGAGUGGAUGCGUCCCAUCGUCUAUAUUAUCGAUGGGGAGGUGAGCUUGUUAGAUUUUGGAGUGAGCACAACACUCGCUUGUAAAAUAGACAGUUUUCCAGAAGCGAAAGUCUGGUGGGAAGAUGAAGAUUCGGAAAAAAUACCAUCUGAAACCAGUCUCCUGGAAAUCCCAUCGACAUACAUAAGUUAUGUUAACAUUGGGAACGCUACCAAAAAUGGUACAGUCACGUGCAAAGCAAAAAAUGCUGUUGGUGAAAGCGAAAGCACUAUGGAGCUGUUUGUGAACAGAACAUUUGUAUUUGAAGUAAUUCAAAAUCCUUCUGAUAUAACUGUUGAAUACGGUGAUGAAAGCAAGCUAUACUGUGAAGUAAUUGCAUACCCCGAAGCUACAAUAACCUGGUACCACAAUGGUACCAAAAUAGAAAACACUGAACGACGAAUAGAAAUAAAUUCAGAUGAACACUCUUUACUGAUUAAAGACAUGGAUAUAGAAGAUGCUGGUGAAUAUGAAUGUGAGAUUGAAAAUGGCGUACAGUCAGUAAACUUUCGGGCCAGUGUUUAUAUUACUGGACUAGAUGCCCCUGCAGUGCAGUUAGAUAAGUCAGAGGUUGUAUUAAAACCGGGUGACUGGACUCAACAGAAUUGCACCGUUACUCGCGGGAAACCAACACCUACCAUCUCGUGGAGGUACAAGAAAGAAAACAGUUAUGACUAUGUAGAAAUGCCUUACGGAGUUUACGUUGAAGGAAGUGUUUUGAAAAUACCAUCAGCAGAGUCAAAUCAAGGCGGUGUGUACAUCUGUGAAGCCCACAACAUUAUUGGAGUUGACAGACAAGAAAUCUUGGUGAAAGUACAAUAUCCACCAAAGAUAAAAAGCCCUGAUGAGUCACUGGUAGUCAAGCAAGGAGAUUUGGUAACUCUACCCUGUGAAGUGGAUGCUGUGCCUGACGCCCAAGUACACUGGGAUAUGUAUCAGGAUGACGUCAUCAUUGCCUUCGAUGACCGCCACUACACAGACAAUUCUCAUACGCACAGGUUUACUGCAAAAGGCAGUGACUCAGGGAUGUAUCAUUGCAUUGCCGAAAACAGCAUGGGAACAGCUACACGAACUGUCAAUGUCAACGUUUGGGUCGCACCAUAUAUUGAGCAACCAGUUGCAAAGAAUGUUACUCAAAAGAUCCGUUCGUCUAUAGUUUUGGAAUGCUACAUAAACAUCGGAAACCCAAUGCCUUCUACAAAAUGGGAGUUUAUUGCGCAAAACACAAAUAUUUCUGUGUUGACCAGGGGACACGCAACUGGCAAACUCGACUUCACUCUGAAUAAUAUAACGAAGAAGAAUGAAGGUAUCUACCGCUGCAUCGCCGAAAACGAAGUUGGCGUUGACAGUAUUCAGAUAUUCGUAAAAGUUGUAUAG